ACAGUAGACACAGCACACACGCUUUCAUACUCAUUCGGGAACAAAAAACACUUUCCAGGGACAAAAAAGUCAUUUAGUUAUAAACCGACAACGUUGGAGAAAAAUAUGACCGUUGUGGAUGCGAGUCCAGGCGUUAGUCUUUCAAAUAAUGUGAUUUGAAAGAAAGAAAUUGAAUAGUGUAGCAAUUGAAUCAAACAGGGAGAGAAUCAGAUUCCAUGUAAGCAAAGCUAACCAAUUAAAAAGCUGAGAAAGAAGGCAACUUAUCAAAUCUCAGCGAAACCGAAUCCACGCACAGUUUCCUUCUCUCAAUCUCUGUCUAUGUCUCAAGAAACCAAACUAUACGGAGAAUAAGAGAAGGAUAAACUGGAAAUGGCAAACAGUUGUAGUGGUGAAGUACAAGAGAGGGAUAUGGUGGUGGUUCAAGAAGAAGAAGCACACCCAUAUGCGUUUCAUGUCUCCGGACCUCGAAAUGUGGCUUCUCCUAAUUGGAGAGACCUUAUCAGUUCUAGUUGGAAGAAAGAGAACUACAAGCGAACUGUAUUUUCCUGCUUCAUUCAAGCAGUUUACUUGCUUGAAAUUGACAGACAAGAGAACAGAACAGAAGAAAAUGCGCUAGCUCCAAAUUGGUGGCGAGGCUUCAAAUACAAAUUGACCCAAACCUUAAUCGAUGAAAGAGAUGGAUCUAUAUUUGGUGCGGUCCUAGAAUGGGAUCGAGCUGCAGCAUUAGCUGACAUGGUCCUUAUGAGACCCAGCGGAGCACCAAAGGCUGUUUUAGCACUCCGAGGAACAUUACUCAAAGGCCCAACAAUCCGGAGGGAUAUUGAGGAUGACCUCCGUUUUCUGGCAUGGGAAAGUUUGAAAGGUUCUGUCAGAUUCAAAGUAGCGUUGGAGGCAUUAAAAUCAGUUGCUGAAAUGUAUGGAAGCAGCAAUGUAUGUGUUGCUGGUCAUUCCUUGGGGGCUGGUUUUGCUCUCCAGGUGGGAAAAGCAUUAGCUAAAGAAGGUGUGUAUGUGGAGGCCCAUUUAUUUAACCCACCUUCUGUUUCCAUGGCAAUGAGCUUAAGAAACAUAGGAGAGAAGGCUGGGUUUGCUUGGAAGAGAUUUAAGUCAAUGCUUCCUUCAAACGGUGAAACACAGGCAACCGGUGAUGACGGAGAGAAGACCUCUACUUUAGGAUUGAGGGGUUGGAUACCUCUUUUGGGUUACAAAACUUCUAUGGGAUUAAAAAAUUGGGCGCCUAAUUUCUACGUGAACAAUAGCGACUACAUCUGCUGCUCCUACACUGACCCGGAUGGAACUGAAGAUAAAAAAGAAGCUGACAAGGAGAAUGCAGGUCCUGCAAAUGGGCAAGUUGCUGCGAAGCUGUUUGUUAUGUCCAAGGGAAAACAGAAGUUUCUUGAGGCUCAUGGAUUAGAGCAAUGGUGGUCUGAUGAUGUGCAACUUCAACAGGCUCUACAUAACAGCAAGCUCAUGAGCAGGCAGCUGAAAUCGUUGUAUACUUUCCCAGCUACACAACCAACACAGCGAAUGCCACAAUGACAUAAGGUUAUAUGCUUUCGUUAUUUGCCAAAUACCUCGUUUUCGUUCCUGUUUCUUUCACACUACCAUUCUCUGUUUGUAAUCUGUAUCUGAUAGAUAGCAAACAGAAAAGGAAAAAGAAAAGACCAAAUUAAGCAAAAUUGUAUUCAUAGAUUGUCUUGUUCAUCUAAUUCAAGCAUGGAAAGGUUGUACCCGCA